UGGUUCUGCGUUUCCCUCACCAUCACCACCCCACACUCUCUCUUCCCAAACCAACGUCCACAACUCCGCGAGUUAUCGUGAUAACCCGCUGUCAUUCCUUUCAGGACGGGUUAAAUAAGCAAAAAAGAAGGUCAUUCUUAGCGUCCACCGAGAUAAACGAUUCUCCUCACGAAGCAAAACAAAACCGUCCGAGACCGAUCACAGAACCACAUCCGCAACAAACUCGAAGAUGCAGCUCACCAACGCUCUCGUCGUCCUCUCGGCCGCCCUCACCGGCGUGUCCGCCCACCCUUCCGCCCACGGCCACCAGCGCUUCCACGAGCGCCGCUCCGUCGACGCCGUUGAGGAGCGCGACAUCACCUUCAUCAAGAACAAGGCCCCCGAGGCGACGCCGACCUCGUCCACGCCGGCCGCGACCCCCUCCGCCUCCAAGGCGCCCACCGGCGAGUACGUCCCCUUCUGCAGCGGCAAGAAGACCGCGAACAAGCGCGCGACCCUCGCCCAGAUCGCCUACUCGGGCAACACGGGCACCGAGGACGACUGGGGCUGCAACAUGCAGAUCAUCGACGAGUCCAUCAAGUCCCUCUACAACUACACCACCACUUUCACCGCUAGCGACAGCGACUACACCUGCUCGUGCUUCAACAAGAUCGGCCCCAAGGGCCUCAUCGACGGCUGCUGGUUUGCCGCCGUUACCUUCACCGUCAAGGAGGGCCAGUCCAAGCACCUUGCCUUUGACACUGACUCCCAGGGCUCUUGCGCCUGCGGGCCCGGCAAGGAGGUGCCCAAGACCUUCAUCGGCCAAUUCGCCGGCACCUGGCUCGAGUUCGACUGGGGCUCCGUCGCCAACAGCGGCAACUCCGGUGCCGACGCCUCUGUCCUCGUCGCCGGCGCCCAGAGCCUGCCCUACUACGGCAUGAAGGUCGUCGCCAACGACAAGCUCUGCUCUUGGGUCAAGUCCGACGGCACCAACUGGGAGGCCUACAUGCCCGGCAUGGAGGCCGCUGAUGGCGUCGGCUGCAAGGGCUACUACACCGGUCACCUCGACGUCACCCUCGGCGACAAGUUCUCUACCUAAAAAGAGAUAACGAAUGACCCUUUUGUUGCCUUUCGCUAUUUGGUAGCUGUUCUCUCUCUCUCUCUCUCUUUCUCUCUCUUGCUGGGUGAGUUUGUUUCUGUCGGGGAAAAGGGGUAUCUGCCAUCUCAUACCCACACAAAACCCGUCAACGACGGCGAAGCCCGGCAACUUGGUUGAACUUGAUUUCUGUUGAAUAAAGCUUCUUUGACGGCGCAUGGGGAUACCUCUUUUCUUUCGGGGCACGAAAUCUUUUCGUCGGUGGUACGGCCAACUCACUUUUGUUACUGGCUGGCCCUUGUUCUCGCCCACCACCACCGACCGGUUCUUGUUUUGGACAUUGUGCAGAUUCUUGGAAAUAUGGGAAAAAAGCGUGGCGAACAUGAGACGGUUGACUGGGAGGGUCGCCAAAAAUUCAAGUUACAUAACUGGCCUGUCUGUACCCUCUCAACCUACCCACACAUAUACCUAGUGUCUGCUUCUUAAUGCGACAGAAAACUCACCCUUGAAAAAACCAAUGAC